AUGAUAAUCACUGACAUCAUUCAGGAGCCACUCAGAAGUUUGCCCCCCACCUCCACCUCCUCCCUACCUCCACCAUCUUUCCCGCCUGCGCCUCCCCUCGGCCUCCACCUCCUCCCCAACUCCACCUCCUCCCUGCCUCCACCUUCUCCCCACCUCCACCUCUUCUCUGCCUCCACCUCCCCCCCACCCCCACCUCCUCCCCUCCUCCACCUCCCCCCCCACCUCCACCUCUUCUCCGCCUCCACCUCCUCCCCACCCCCACCUCCUCCCCUCCUCCACCUCCUCCCCACCCCCACCUCCUCCCCACCUUCACCUCCUCCCCACCUUCACCUCCUCCCCACCUUCACCUCCUCCCCACCUCCACCUCCUCCCUGCAUCUUUUCUCCUGUGGUCUCCAGACAUGUCCCCCGCGGCUUCGCUCUUCGUCAAACUAACUUGUGGGUCUUUGUUUGUCCUCUCCUCAUCGUCAGAGUGGUCCCAGAGGACAGAGCUCCGACCCUCCGCCUCUCGCUCAGGAACACGGAGCUUUCCCUCUUCUCUCCAUUAGACGCAGAGAGAGAUCAGAACAAACAGUUCCAGGGACGGGUCCCGGAGCAGAGGCGGCCGCUCGACCCCAAUCAGACCGACAUCAGACCAACAUCAGACCGACCGUGA